GCAAGUCCUGCUGUUGAUCUGCCGGUCCUGCCUGCGCUACCAGCAACAGGCGGACAUUAGUGUGGACUCUUUAAGCAGCAGAAAAGCGUCGCUAACUUCAUGAUAAGGACCGGAGCGAUCAGGGCCGAUGUAAAUGGAGCUACUUCGGUUUUCCGCUUUUUGGUGUGGAACGAUACUGUUCGGUAGUAUUCUGCUGCAGGAGGCGGAGGCCACUGGCUUAAGAAUGAAGAAGCUGUGCAAGUUCUGUGACGUGCAGGUGACCAGCUGUGCUGGUAAAGGGAGCUGCAAGGUGGAGUGCAACAUCACCGCUAUCUGUCCCCACGACGACGAGAUAUGUGUCACUAUUUGGAGGAAAAAAGAUGACAACAUCACCUUGGAUACGAUGUGCCACAACCCGGCCCAGCCGCUGUACGGCUUCACCCUGGAGGACUACGACAACAACAAGUGUGACAUGAAGGAGAGAAUGGGCAUGGGCUACCGAGUUCUUCAUCUGCUCCUGCACGGAGGACGAGUGCAACGAACACGUCUUCUUUAAGCCAAGUAAGUCGCUGCAGCUUUUUCCCUUUCUCGGUUGUAUUUCAGCAGAGGUGGGGGAGACUAUAUGUUAUGUAUUCAUCAUCAGCAGCAGUUCUCA